AAUGCUGUUCCCUAACUAGAAGUUGAUACUAGAGAAGAAAAGGAGAUCAACCAACUAAGACCAACUACAAGAAGAAUUUCAAAUAGCCAGGAUUUUGAAUUUAUCAUCUCUAACUUCAGACUAAUGUUGCCUACUUUAAAUCUGAGAUAACUCAUCAGAGCCUAGACGGCAAAAGGAUAUUUUUCUUCUGUGUAUUUUGAGAUAAAAGAAACUGCAAUGUCUAGGAAACAAAACCAGAAGGAUUCAUCAGGAUUUAUUUUUGAUUUGCAGUCCAAUACUGUAUUGGCCCAGGGAGGAACUUUUGAGAACAUGAAAGAAAAGAUAAAUGCUGUGCGUGCAAUAGUUCCCAAUAAGAGCAAUAAUGAAAUCAUCCUGGUUUUACAGCACUUUGACAAUUGUGUGGACAGAACAGUACAAGCAUUCAUGGAAGGUAGUGCCAAUGAAGUACUCAAAGAAUGGACAGUAACAGGCAAGAAAAAGAAUAAAAAGAAGAAAAACAAACCCAAAUCUGUAGCGGACACAAGUAACAGACUUCCAGUUUCCAGUCAAACAGUUUCUGCUCAAGAGGAACAGUCAGCGUCUUCCUCAGAGAAAGGUGGUAUCAACGGUUAUCAUGUCAACGGUACAGUCAAUGACACGGAGUCUGUGGACUCAUUCAGUGAAGGUGUGGAGACUCUUUCAAUAGAUGCUAGAGACUCAGAGGAUCUGGAGUUUGCCCAACAAGAUGUGGUGGAUAGAGCAGGAUCUGUGCUGGAGAAUGGUAUCUCUGGUUUGGAGUCCAAUACUUUGUCGCCUCAGAAUUCUCAACAAAAUAGGAAUGCUGCCAAAUCUCUUUCAAGACCUACCACAGGAUCUCAGGUUUCAAAUCUGGGCAUGGAAGAUAUGCCAGUCUUCUCCACCAGCAAGAAACUAGGUUCCAAUAUUGAAAAAUCUGUGAAAGACCUCCAGCGCUGCACAGUGUCUCUUGCAAGAUACCGCGUUGUAGUUAAAGAAGAAAUGGAUACUUCCAUAAAGAAAAUGAAGCAAGCUUUUGCAGAAUUGCAGAGCUGUUUAAUGGAUCGAGAAGUAGCACUGCUUGCUGAAAUGGACAAGGUGAAAGCUGAAGCAAUGGAAAUCUUGAUCAGUCGACAAAAGAAAGCAGAACUUCUGAAGAAAAUGACUGAUGUGUCUGUACGAAUGUCAGAGGAGCAGUUACUUGAGCUCCGAGCUGAUAUCAAGCAUUUUGUUAGUGAACGUAAAUAUGAUGAGGAUCUAGGUCGAGUUGCUCGGUUCACUUGUGACAUGGAGACCCUAAAGAAGAACAUUGAGUCAUUUGGACAAGUGUCCCAUCCAAAGAAUAGUUACUCAACCAGGUCUCGAUGUAGCUCUGUCGCAUCUGUGUCCUUGACUAGCCCAUGUGAUGCCUCUGCUGCUUCAUCUUCCUCCUGUCCCUCUACUUCCAUCCUCACAAGUGCUAACAAGAGAAACUCAGCACCAGGAGAGACUGCUGCAGCUGUCCCAUAUUCCAGUGUCCGGUCCAGCCAGCCUCAGCGAGAGGUAUUUUCAGGAAAUAGACGAGGAGGCCAAGGCAACAGGCCACAAAGCCAAAAGUUUAGUGACCCCACGAAUCAAGGGCACUAUGACAAUGCAGUUCGUUAUAGAAAUAGCUCCUGGUAUUCAUCUGAGUCCAGGUAUCCAAGCACUAUACCACAGACACCGGGAAGCUCUAGUGAUCCGGGCCAAGCUCACUCCGUAGGGACCAAUGGAACUGGAGUCAGCAUGGAGCACGGCCCUCCUCAGCCCUCAUUCAAAAAGGGCCUCCCCCCACGCAAGCCCAAGACCACUCAGCUUGAAGGUGUCAACUCUUGAGGGAAAUGCCAGAUGACUCCCUCCUCUCCGCAUUGUUUGACUUGAUAAUUGGACUUUAGGAAACGCGUAGUUAGAUUUAAUAACAAGUUUACGCAUAUCACUUUUUAUGCCAUUCUAAAUAUUUUUUAUUUCUUGUCUCCUCAUUUCCUCUCUGGAGAGGAAGCUGUUUUUUUCUUGACUUUCCCAACUAUAAGGAUUCCUUCUGAUUGGUCAUUUUCACCAAGAAUCAUAGGCCACUGUUGCCAAGUUUCCCCCAGGGAAGCACCUGUUGCUUACUUCACAGGCCUGCUGGGGCCUGAUAACUGCUCCAGAGGAAACUGGUCAGAGCUCUGCCUGGCACCUUUCCUGUACCUGUGAGGCCCUCUCAAGCAAGUAACCAGAAGAGGCAAAGAGGAUUGUCUGCAGCUCUGAAUUACCCAGAGGAGUGGAAGUGUGAGAGGAAAGAACACUUAAGAAAUGUUGGAGUCUGCUGUUUCCACAACGCAUAUGAGGUUUCAGUCUCCUGUUCAGCACAGCAGCUUACUCUGCAGCUUCUUCACAGGGCCCAGCACCGUGCUUCCUCACACCUUAGACUGCAGAUCAGCUAAGGGAGGUCCAUGGGAAAGUAGCAUUGAAUUAAAGUAACAAAAAGAAAACCAAGAAUUUCUUCGUUUCUAUGUUUGAAGAUUGUUUUCUUGUUAUCUUUCCUGGAUCAUAUUCUGAUUCUGAUUCAAAUUUAUAGCAAUAUAAUUAGUGUUAAUCUAAGGUGUAACCUAUUAAAAAUUGCCAUUUAAACUUUAUAGUUGAAAAAAUAAAAACAACUGCAAAAGUU